ACUAGCUGCUCAGUGAGUCUUCUUGGACCGAGUUAGUGCGUCGUAUCUCCGCAGCCUCGUUCCCAACACGACCUGGGGCAAACCAACCGGCGGUGGACGGGUUUGUACACAUUUAAGCAACACUCGGACCGAUAUUUUCCCUCUCUUCGUGUUGAUAUUUCCACGGAAAAUUCAAGGAAACAGCGCUAACUAAAACUUCAGAUGGAAAAUUCGUUGAGCAGCCGGUUUCGGUCCGCAAUGUUUAACCACGACGAUGAGGACCAGGAUAAGGAAUAUGUGGGCUUCGCAACGCUACCAAACCAGGUUCAUCGUAAAUCUGUCAAGAAAGGAUUUGACUUCACGCUCAUGGUGGCAGGUGAGUCUGGCCUGGGAAAGUCCACCCUGGUCAACAGCCUGUUUCUCACAGACCUCUACAAAGAUAGGAAGCUGCUCAACGCUGAAGAGCGAAUCACACAAACAGUUGAAAUCACCAAACACACUGUGGAUAUAGAGGAGAAAGGUGUGAAGCUUAAACUCACCAUCGUAGACACACCUGGAUUUGGUGACGCUGUAAACAACACUGAAUGCUGGAAGUCGGUGGCUGACUACAUCGACCAGCAGUUUGAGCAGUACUUCAGGGACGAGAGCGGCCUCAACCGCAAGAACAUCCAGGACAACCGCGUCCACUGCUGCCUCUAUUUCAUUUCACCCUUUGGCCACGGCCUUCGGCCUCUGGAUGUUGAAUUUAUGAAGGCUCUGCACGAGAAGGUCAACAUCGUCCCCGUCUUAGCCAAAGCAGACACACUCACCCCGAAUGAGGUGAAGAAAAAGAAAAUCAAGAUCAGAGAGGAGAUUGAGCAGUACGGCAUCAAGAUCUACGAGUUCCCCGACUGCGACUCGGACGAAGACGAAGAGUUCAAGCAGCAAGAUCUGCAGCUGAAGGAGAGCAUUCCCUUCGCUGUGAUUGGCAGCAACACGGUGGUGGAGGCCAAAGGGAAGAGGGUCCGAGGACGUCUCUAUCCCUGGGGCAUCGUAGAAGUGGAGAACACGGCGCACUGCGACUUCAUUAAGCUGAGGAACAUGCUCGUUCGCACUCACAUGCAAGACCUGAAGGACGUGACCCGGGAGACCCACUACGAGAACUACAGAGCUCAGUGCAUCCAGAGCAUGACGCGCAUGGUUGUGAAGGAGCGCAACCGCAACAAACUGACCAGAGAGAGCGGCACCGACUUCCCCAUGAUCCAAGGAGCGACGGAGAGCGAGACAGAGAAGCUCAUCCGAGAGAAAGACGAGGAGCUGCGGCGGAUGCAGGAGAUGCUGCAGAGGAUCCAGGAUCAUAUGGUCACUCAGAACGACGGACAUUAACGAAGGACCUCCAACAACAAAAUAAACUCCUGAACAUCGACCACUCCUCACUCAGCCGCACGGACCCCCGACGAGGCGGUAAGACGUGACGACUCGGGCUGUUCUCCUCAGAAACAUCCCCCCCUCUGCUUGGAGUGGGGGGGUUGGAUGAGAUUCACAUUAAUUUACUGGUGACGUGUUCAUAUUUAAGCACUCUUUUCUAUGUUUUUAUUUUCUCCAAUGAUCAACCUGAUGAACAUAUAGUUUAAUUCUCUG